GGUGGCGCCUUCCGCCAAGUGGCACCUUCCCCGAUCCGAUUAACGCGCCUACCACAACAACAACCAUUCCAAAGAAGAGCUCUCUCUCCACCCAGCCACCCCACCGACACCCACACCACCACCAUCGAACGCGACUUCAACUCCGGGAUUCACGGUCGCGCACCUCUAUUCAUACCAACUCAACAGUAAUUUCUCGCGAAAUACGCCCUAAGGAUGCCAGGAGGAAAGGGCAAGACCGGUGGCAAGACGGGAGGAAAGGGAGACUCGCACGUCAAGACGACCAAAUCCCACUCGGCGAAGGCUGGCCUGCAGUUCCCUUGCGGUCGCAUAAAGCGCCACCUCCGAACCAUCACCCGCCAAAAGACGCGCAUUGGCGCUAAAGCCUCCAUCUACCUCACCGCCGUCCUCGAGUAUUUGACUGCUGAAGUCCUCGAACUGGCUGGAAACGCCGCCAAGGAUCUCAAGGUUAAGCGUAUUACGCCGCGCCACCUGCAGCUCGCCAUCCGCGGUGACGAGGAGCUCGACACGCUCAUCCGCGCAACCAUCGCCUUCGGAGGUGUACUGCCACACAUCAACCGCGCGCUGCUGCUCAAGGUAGAGCAAAAGAAGAAGGGCAUCAAGCCCAUUGAAGCGUAGAAGUCGAAAAUUAGGGAGCCAUGUGGAUGCGACAUCUCGAACGUCCGAUGCGAAAUCGCGCAUGCGAGCAAGAAAUGCCUUUCUGGUGACGAUCUUCGCAAGAGCAAGGGCAUUGGAUGAGCGGAGGGAAACAUUCUUCAAACAUUUCGAGAAAUGGUGUUAGCCAGCUCCUCCGCUUGUUGUAUUGUGUGGCGAGUCGCUCCGGGCGGCUAGCACACGGCGCGCUCAGCCGCCUCCUUUUUUUCUUUUUUUCCCGAUGCU